AUGGCCGCCGCUGAUACUCAACACGCACCUGAUCAUGGCGAGGAUUCUGGUCUUGCAGAGUCAAUGAACCGAAUGAAUGUAGGGGACCAUGAAGAUGCACCUCAGAAGACUGAAGAGGAGUAUGCUGAGUCCCAGCUCACUCUUCGUGCCAUUGUUUCUUCCAAAGAAGCCGGUGUAAUCAUCGGCAAGCAGGGGAAGAAUGUUGCAGAUCUUCGUGACGAAACUGGGGUCAAAGCUGGCGUCAGCAAAGUUGUUACAGGGGUUCACGAUCGUGUCCUAAGCGUCACCGGAGCUUUGCAAGGAACGGCUAAGGCUUACUCCAUUGUCGCAAAAGGUUUGCUUGAAGGGGCACCACAGAUGGGAAUGGGAGGGAUCAUCUCAAAUAACGGCACUCAUCCUAUCCGUCUGUUGAUCUCUCACAACCAGAUGGGGACGAUCAUUGGUCGGCAAGGUCUGAAGAUCAAGCAUAUUCAAGAUGUGUCAGGCGUUCGAAUGGUUGCGCAGAAGGAAAUGCUACCUCAGUCUACCGAGAGGAUUGUUGAAGUCCAGGGAACUCCUGAAGGCAUCGAGAAGGCCAUUUGGGAGAUCGGCAAAUGCCUCAUUGAUGAUUGGCAACGUGGUACUGGUACAGUCUUAUACAACCCUGCUGUUAGAGCUCAGGCUGGCACUGGCCCUAUGAACAAUGCAGUUGGUGGUGUGCCUUCACAGAAUGCAGGCGGCGGCGGGUACAGCGGAAGUGGAGGACGAUCAUACAAUCGCACGGGAAACGGAGCUGACUUUAGCGAGGCAAGGGGCUUCAAUCGUAACGCCAGUGAUGCAGCUGCGCGAGGCAGCGGCAUCCCCAUGGUGACGGAAGAUGGUGAGGAGGUCCAGACUCAGAACAUCAGCAUACCAUCGGACAUGGUUGGUUGCAUUAUUGGACGAGGUGGGACUAAAAUCAGUGAGAUCCGGAAAAGCUCUGGUGCCCGCAUCUCGAUUGCAAAGGCACCACAUGAUGAGACAGGCGAACGAAUGUUCACGAUCAUGGGAAGCGCAUCUGCAAACGAGAAGGCUCUAUAUUUGUUGUACGAGAACCUCGAAGCCGAGAAGAUGCGCCGAAGCCAGCAACCGCAGGAGUAA